GCAACAACAACAACCACCGUUUAGACGCUCUGGGGUGUGUGUGUGGAAGAGGUGACGACUCAUGUUUUUGCGUAGGGACCCGGAAGCCCGUUUCCUCCACCGGCUGCACGAGGCCGCCUGACGACGGUCCCUUCCCCCCGCUGCUUAUAAGGCUCGCGCACCCGAUUUGAACACGGCUCGUCGCGGCGGCGGUUGGGACUGGAGCUAGCACAGGCUUGCAGAUGGGUCAGGGGCUGUGGAGAGUGGCCAGGAACCAGCAGCUGCAACACCAGGGAUACGCAGGACAAAGCUAUCUGUCCAGAGAGCAUGGUAGAAGGAUAGCUGCUAAUAACGUUUCAAAUGCAAACCAUCGGAAACAUGCCCAGGGAGGCAUUGACAUUUACCAUCUGUUGAAAACUCGGAAGUCAAAAGAACAAGAAGGGUUCAUCAACCUGGAAAUGUUGCCUCCUGAACUUAGCUUUACCAUUUUGUCAUACCUGAAUGCAACAGACCUCUGUCUGGCUUCAUGUGUUUGGCAGGAUCUUGCUAAUGAUGAGCUUCUUUGGCAAGGAUUGUGCAAAUCCACUUGGGGUCACUGUUCCAUAUACAAUAAGCGUCCGCCUCUGGGAUUUUCAUUUAGAAAAUUGUAUAUGCAGUUGGAUGAAGGCAGCCUCACCUUUAAUGCCAAUCCAGAAGAGGGAGUCAACUACUUCAUGUCCAAUGGAAUACUGGAUGAUUCACCAAAGGAAAUAGCUAAGUUUAUCUUCUGUACGAGAACACUAAAUUGGAAGAAACUAAGAAUCUAUCUUGAUGAAAGGCGAGAUGUUUUAGAUGACCUUGUGACACUACACAACUUCAGAAAUCAGUUCUUGCCAAAUGCACUAAGAGAGUUUUUCAAGCACAUUCAUGCCCCCGAGGAGCGUGGUGAAUAUCUUGAGACUCUUAUUACAAAGUUCUCACACAGAUUUUGUGCUUGUAACCCUGAUUUGAUGAGAGAACUUGGCCUUAGCCCAGAUGCUGUCUAUGUACUAUGCUACUCUUUGAUUCUGCUUUCCAUUGAUCUUACUAGUCCUCAUGUGAAAAAUAAAAUGUCAAAGAGAGAAUUCAUCCGAAAUACACGCCGCGCUGCUCAGAAUAUUAGUGAAGAUUUCGUUGGGCACCUUUAUGACAAUAUCUACCUUAUAGGCCAUGUGGCUGCCUAAAAAGCACAAUUUGCUAGGACUUAGAAUUUAUAGUUUAAAAGGAAUUGGAACUCCAAUGAGAUUUGGGUUUUGUUUUGUUUUGUUGGUAGAUAUGGGGGUUAUAUUAGUGCUGGUCAUUCUAACCUCCGUCUGCAAUCAAAAAUAUGUACAUGAACAACAUUUUUUUAGCAAUUUACCAUGGGAACUGAAGAAUUUUGGAUUUUUUUAAAAAAAAUUGCUUACAGUUUGCACAAAAAUUACCAAUAGUCUGAUGUUACAAUUUUUGAAUGUUAAACUGAUAUUAUGAUUUUAAACUGACAAGAUGGUGGACUUAUGCAGUAGAUUUGCUUGAACACUUUAACCAGUUCAUUUGUUUUUUAAAUACCAUGUAAUGUGUACAUAUUUAAAGAGAUUUAUAACCAUAAUUAUUUUAUUGUAAAAUAUUUUAACUAAAAAAUUUCCUGUUUCUCUAGACUAGACUA